CCGAUAACGUCGCAAUGAAGUCAACUCGCAACACAGAUCACGACUCCAAGUAAACAAGAAUAAUGAUAAUGCGAGCCGCCCGCCGCAGAGUCGCGCGCGGCCGCCCGCCUUACACACGUGUCAGGAACGUCUCCAACAGACAUACAUACAUACAACUAUCAUGGAUAAGCUGUGGGCAGAGCGUCGACUCGACGGGGCGCCUUACGAGUACGAUAUGGGGGAACACAAGGGGGAUUGGAUGAUGGAAAGCGCUAAGCAAAUUCAUGGGGAGGCUCAGGGAGCAAAAGUUCUGCCUCCUCAGGCUCGGACUUCGACGGAUGGAACGUGGUCUGCUCAAGCUAACGCAUGGAGCGCUGCCUUGGGAGCCGUCGGUGGGGCAGGAACAGUUUUCCUGAUUGCUCUUCUGUUGUUUAUAUUCAAGAAACCGAAGAGGCAUGAUCCACCUCAGCUCGCUCCUAUGGAUGUAGCACAGAAUGAAAUGCUUAUACCUCGCGAGCAAUGUCGCGUGCAGCCUCUGAGUGAGAGGUCCGCAUCUUCUCUGCCCCACGCUCGUCUAGCCAGGACACCUUCCAUAUCGUCCCAGAGCAGCCUCGACAGCGGUACAUCAAGAGCGACUAGUCACCGUGGUUCUUCGCCAGCAAUUAGGACCUUCGCCCCGGACGGUCGUACGUUAGAAGCUGGAGUAUCUGGCAUGCCCCGGUCUCCCUCACCAUUGAGGGCAGCGUCCCUGGAUGUCAGAGCAGCUCCCCUCGGCUCCUUGGCUUCUUUGGCUGAUUCCCCAGCACCACCAAGCCCGAGACACAUACCCCCUAGAUGCCUUUCCCCCCUACUUAUGCCGCCUCGACGAAUAGACCGCAGCAACUCCUUAGUAGAGAACAGCAGCGGAGCACCCUUGAGUCCCGGAGCUAGCACCGCGAUUAGUUCUUUAGGAGCCCUGCAACCAGAUCUUUAUACUAAAAGAGAAACUCCUUUGGUUAUUGAAUUAGAGGGCGUCGGCCCCUCACUAGGAAGAAUCCACUUACGCUUAAAGUACGACUUCGAUAGAUCGGACCUUGAAGUUCACCUGAUAGAAGCUCACGAUCUGGCCGGCUAUGAGGCUGGAGGUUUUAAUGAUCCGUAUGUAAGAGUGAGUUUGUUACCGGAAGUCGAUACUCGAGUCAGACAGACACCAGUCCACAGGAAUGAAGCCAAUCCCUUUUUUGACCAACACUUCAAGUUUCCGGUAUCACACGAUGACCUCACUGACAAGACACUGCUGCUACAAGUGUUUGAUUAUGACAGGUUCUCUAGAAACGAAGUGAUGGGCUCGGCCAAGGUCCCACUGUCACGUGUGGAGGUCGCAGGUGGUGCGGAGGUCUGGGCAGAGCUUUCUCGCGAGCGUCGCCCGCCCGAAGAACUUCAGGAACUGUUACUCUCUCUUUCUUUCCUACCCUCAGCUGAACGCCUCACCGUGGUAGUACUGAAGGCUAGAAAUCUUCUUCCGCCUCAAGAAGGAAAAGAUGCUUUGGAUGUUUAUGUCAAAGUAUACCUUCUGGUUAAUGGUAAACGGGUAAAGAAGAAGAAGACCAACCGCAAGGAAAUCAAUAACCCCAUAUGGAAUGAAGCUUUAUCUUUUAGUCUUCCUUCAAGUAACUUACAAGAAGCUUCUAUCGAGGUAUGUGUUGUAACUGGCGGUGGUAGCGGUCUGGUGGUGGGUUGGUGCUGCGUGGGAGCCGCAGAACCAGCGGCUGAGGGCCGCCACUGGGCACAAAUGGCGCAAGAGACACGAAAAGCCGUCGCCAUGUGGCACACCCUCAGAUAAACCAUAGGCAAUCGAUCUACGCACAUCUACGGCACAACCUAUCCUGCUCGCACAUAAACUGUCAUUUUUUAAUCUGUCUAACAACUGUCAAACAUCAGUCUCUCGUAACUAAAUAGUCUAUGUGAAUGUGUCUUAAACUACGUCUUAAUAUAUUACCCGAUAUGGAUACAGUAUUUGUGAACCCAUGUAUUUAGUAUUUUUUAAUGUUUUCAUAAAAAUAUAUUUCAUAACGCCAGAGCCUAAAAUAAAUUUAUCCUAAACUAGAUACUUAUAACGAAUUUGUUAAAUAAUGGCCAUAAAUCAUAUCUUUAAAAUAAUAAAUCAAUAUAAUAUUAAUACCUACCAGUUUUAAACUGAUUGUUGUUGGUGUGAUUUAAAUUUUACUUAACCUGCAUACACUUAGAUAUUAUCUGUACUACAUAUUUAUUUACGGAUAGAUUAUAUAGAUUUGAUUACGAACGCGUCGUUGCGAUCAUUCUAAUUUUGAAUUUGUAUUAACUACGACAAAUGUUUGUGAAUCAAGUUGUAAUAGUCUACCCCGUUCUUGUAACUUAGCAAUCGUCCUGACUGUGGGCUACUUCCUCUCUGAAUACAUCAAUAUAAACAUCGGUUCAUCGACUCGUAAUCGGCCUCUAUAUAUCAAUGUAUUAAGUAUUUGAGCUUCUAAAACAGCAAACAAUUCUUAUGAAUUUUGAGAUUUUAAAUUUAAGAUAUAAAUAUAUAUUUUUAUUUGUGUAUUUUUGUCCAAUAGAUAAGUUCAUUCUACGCCCACAGUUGCCCUUCGGUGUCUGUCUACUGACGUAUCUAUGAUCUAGUCAUUAAGGUGAUCUCUGUUUAUAAGAUUUAUUAUUAUAUCGAAUUUGAUCCAUUAAUAUACGUAUUUUUGUCUAUAUAAGUGUAUCGGUGUGAUGGAAAUAUUUUAUUUUACAAUGUCUGAAUAAAUCGUCUCUUUAUAAAAAA